AUGAAGCUGUUACUACAGGUAGCUGAGUCACUAUCAGUAUGAAAGAAUCUUUUCUCGACAGUAUAUAAUAGAAAAAACAUGAUUUUGACAAAACGACAGGAAGCGCGCAGAAGUUUCUCCUUGGAGGGGAACUGUUUAAAAAUUAUUCUUAAAACAUGCAUACUGUUUAAGGUAUUUAAUGACUAUGAAAGACCAUAUAUUAGCCUCCCUCUCAGACCUAUUAGAAACGUAACGCCUCAAUGAGAAGGAGGCUUUUUAAUGGAUUUGUGGUAGCAUCACAAGAGGGUGCUCUCAGUGGCAAAUCAUAAAAAUGAAAAAAAAUCAACCUGAUCCAAUCAAACUGAAUAAGAUGAUCAAACAUGAUGCCUUCAAGUUUGAGAAAACCCGCUGUAGAUUCUAUUCUAUAGAAUUCUCAACAGUGGAAACCUUCUUAUGAUCUGCUUUAUUCUAAGAUGAUGUCUCCGUCGUUUUGAGAAUUCAACAAUAUUUUGAAAAGCAUGCAAAGCGAGUCUUGUUCUUCUUUCAAUAUAGAAACGAGAGGCCUACCCGCUAGUAACUGAGAAGGACAUCACAGGCUUCACGCCAGUCUAUUACGCCGCCAAGUAUGGUCACUUUCGGGUAAAGGAUAUAAAUAUAUAAAAUAUUACAAUAAUAUGACAGGUAAAUUAGAGCGAUCAGAGACCUCAUACACAUCUCUAUUGUACAUGCUGAUGAUGUGUGUAUUCGCAUUGAAGUAUCGCGAACAAACUCCUUCUUUUAAAACAUCUCAACUACCAUAGUGAAAUAGAAUUAAAACAAUUGGUUCUUAAGUUAGCUUGCACUUUGUUUUUUGUAAUUGGGAACUUAGUGAAAGUUCUCUCUACUGCGCCUCCAGCAACUUUUACGCAUUUUCAUGGUUUCCCUAGAGGUAACGUUAGUCACUAUUAAUUCGAAUGUUUUGAAUUCAAUAGAACAUUUUAUUGUUCAUGGAACGAAACAAGGCAGCUACUAGUGUGACGUCAGAUGCACUGGAUACAGCUUUCCAUGGCUCUGCCAGGUAAAAUAUCAAAUGGGAUGCUUGUAUCUCAGGUAACUUUCACCCCCAACCCCCCGCCCACAUCCUCCCUCCCCGCUGUAUUUCUUCAAGUCAGGUAAUUUAGUGUUAACAACUGAGUUGAAAACGUAAAUUAACCACCGCAAAGGGUAAAAAAGCUGACGUUUCGAGCGUUAACCCUUCGUCAGAGCGUCGUUCGUCUAUCGCUGUGACGAAGGGCUAACGCUCGAAACGUCAGCUUUUUUACCCUUUACGGUGGCUAAUUUACGUUUUCAACUCAGUUGUUAACGCUAAAUUACCUGCUUUACUCUCCCACCGACGCAGCACCACAGUUUCUUUAGAAACUUACCCCUUUCUUCAAGUCUAACCCUAAGAAAGACAGUUUGCUGGUACCCGUUAAAAUCCCCAGGUGGAGAGAUUCACAGUCAGAUUGAAUGUUUGCUCCAAGUUUGUUUUCAUCUUCAGAUACGGCUGGAAAGAAAUUGUCGAGGUAGUGCUGACAGGUCGCAAAAUUCGCUCCAUAAACUUGAAAGGCAACCAAGGAAAAACAUCUCUACAGUUCGCAUGCGCAGAAGGCCAUGAUAAAGUGGUCGAGCUUUUGAUUAAGCUUGGCGCUUGUGUGGAAAAGUAAGGUUUCAGAUAACGAAAAAUCUGCUCUUUUUUUUUCGAAUAACACGAGUGCAGGGAACCUUUCGAUAAAAUCUUCGAUCCUCGCCUGUGCCAUCCUCGCAUGCCGGGGAGAGGUCACGGGAAGGGAGAAGUUCCAAGAGACAAAUGACUCCCUCUCAUAUAGCAACUUAAUUAAAAUGAUCUGUAAUGACAAGGCUACGUAUACUGAGCACACUUUUUAAAAUCACCUUGCAUGCUUCCAAAUUCCAUCAAGAAGCUACUGUAAGAUCCUAUCUUAAAAAGUAUCCGCCUUCCGCGUCCGUCAUGAGUCCAAAAGUGCAACGAAACCACAGAAAAACUGAGAAAAACAUCAGUAACUGAAGCAAGAACACUUUCGAAAGUAUUGCCUGAAAAUCAUUCGUGAAAUAUCUCUGCUGAGUUUAUACGACACAUAUUGUUCACACGGGGUCGCCUCCGAAGGUUUUGGUUUUGAACGUUGUCUUUGGAAAAAGCAGAAAGACUGAGGCAGGGAGAGUACAGUUGGCGAAAGACGAGGGUAUACUUAUGUUUAUAAAUUUGGUAAUUUCGUGUGAUGCAUUAACUGGCACAGGAGCGCUGCAUCAACAAAGAGAGAGCUUUAAUUUUAACCCUGCAUAAAAGUUUAUCUGUGAUACACUUUUAGGGAUCACAAUGACAGAACAGCUCUACAUAUUGCAGCCAUGAGGGGCUCCAAGCGAUGUGUGCAGUGCAUUUUACAAAAUCAUCCUCAGUGCAUUAAUCUCUUCGACAAGAAUCAGGUACGGUACGUAGCUCUUAGAAGUAGCAAAAAUUUAACAUCCUGAAAGUUUCAACCGAUAAAAGGAGCCGAAAAGGUCUUUGCUGCUGGAGCGUAACAUCUCUGAAGUCUUGCGUUUGUUCAUCCCCGGAGACCAUCACACCCUUCCCCCCACAACCACCCUCCACCUAAAUGGACAUUAAAGAGUUUUUGCCACAGUGAAUGUCUAGUGAGUCCAAGGGAAUCUCUAUAGUUUUAUAUUAUUCUUAAUGCCAUCCCCACAGAAUGUUACCCUUUCAUAUUUCUUUCUUAUUUCACUUUCCGUGGCAAUCCAUAUAAUCUUCUAAAUUAUAUCCUUUCAAAGCGAGUAAGAGAUGGGGUAAGUUUUGAGCUCUCUAUUUUGAAAAGACGAAAAAACGUGAAAAGACGAAAAAACAUAUUUCUCUAUAUUCUUUAGUUUGUUGUUGACAGAAGAAAGUCUCGAUAUUCUCAUCUUACACAAUGGAAAAAUAAAACAACGCAAGAAUAAACCAAGGAAACUUAUUUCCUGUCCAUGCCAGACGUGAAGUAGCAGAUGUUUUACUCAGGGACUCCGGAUCCCAUAUUAUUUCCCUCCACAGAGGCGUCUGAGCUCAAUCCUGAAGAUAAGAAAAACAAAACGAAAAAGCAAAAAUGAUGUUAAGAAGGAGUAUGUUUGUCCUCUAUUUAAUUCACAGCUCAUAUUUUGAUAGCUUUGCCUCUCUCACAGUACUGUGCUAAAGUAUUAUAAACGGAAAUCGUCAAGUUUCCCAUUUUGAUCUCUUCCGAUCGGUUUACUGAUAUAUUUCAGAGUUUUCCUGCGAUAUCUCGCUAUCUAGUGCCCUCAACAAAAACAUUCCACAGCGAUUUGUGGUAGAUCAAGAAAUAUGUCAUCGUGAUAUAUCGUCCUUAGUAAAUAUCGCGUCAGUAGUAUAUCAUCUAAUCAAAGAUUCAUCACUGAUCCCCGUCAUCGAUGAAUCAUUUAACAUAACAGGUGCAAGUGUUACUUGUCAUGGCAGUUUUAUGGUUAAUCUGCACAUGUCUAAAAGAACAAAGAGACACACAUACCAUGAAAUGGAGCUUUGGCGGAUGUCUUUAGAUAAAAUUUGCCGGUUGGCUUCGUUUUGUCGGCGCCAUAUCCCAUAGACGGGCACUCACCAACGCAAGCAGUGGUCUUUCCGUUCUCACAGUUUUUGUAAUCUUUGCAAGGAUAUGCUUCCCAGCUGAGGGGAUUUUCCACUGAUGCAGUGUAGUAUCUCCAAGCCCUCUGAUGGUCACACUUCACUGUCUUAGUGAAUGCUAAAGAUAUAAAGCCAUUUUCGAAUAAGCUCCGAAAAUUUUCAGUGGUUUAAUCUACCAUGUUCUGAGGUUGUCUCAAACAAUACGUUCGUCGCCUAAAUCUUUCUGACCCUGAUGAAAUAUGCUCAUGUUUCCAAGUUCGAACAACGUAGUCCAAAGCAUUUAUAUUCCAUGUACAUAUUGCUUCAAGGCUAAGUGUUUCGAUUUUAAUCACCCUUGCAGUUAAACCUACCUAACAUAGCCAUAUGUCGUAGACAACCAGGCUGAUCAAUGCCUCCGUUCGGAAAAAAGUCCGCGUGACCGGCCUCAUCGCGCAUACCAAAACCGACAAAACCGCUGCUCGUGUACAUGUCGGUGUGUAUAACGUCAACGUAUUCAGCAUCACUUGGGUCCAGGCGGAAGCGAGGGUCAGCAAUGCCGUCAAAAGCAGGACCAGCUGGGUCCAGUCCUUGAGAGGAAACAAUGGUUAAAUCUGCACUGGGCCACAUCAGCCGGAUCUCAUUCUAGUUUCUUUUUUUAAGAAUGGAGCUAAUUCCGCAGCUCGCCCUGGAUGGAAUGCUGCUAGGCGAUUGCUAGGCACUAAGGUGGCAGAAACUCGCUCAUCAAAGAUCAGAAAAAAAAUCUUUCAUGAUGUGGAAAGCCUUAGACCGGAUGACACUAAAAUAUUUUGGAUCGAAAUUUGUUCGUCUCUAUAACCUGAUUGCUUAUUGUUUAGGAACACAGAGAACAAACUAGCUCUUUCUCAACCGUGCACUGCAUUUCACAAGCUUCUAUGUCUCCUCCAUUGUACCCCUUUAUACACCUGGUUGGAGAAAGACUCUGAGAGAAAAUUGUCUUUUCCAAAAACACAUCAGAAUGGCUCACCCAGGUCUCCAACCCCGGACCUCCAAUCUAUACUUUAUAAUUGUGUUUCUUUACCUGUAAUACGACCAAGUGUCAUUCGAGCUUUCUCCUUUAAAUACUUCCCGGCAAACCCUGCGGUUUGUCCACCAAGGCUAAAUCCCACAAUAUAGAACAUUUUAGCUGAGUCAGGCGACCCUGAAGCACUCUUAAUCAAGAACCUUAUCAGCUCUGCUACCUGAGCCCCAACGAGCUGGGUAUUGCCUACAGAUUGUCCAUAAAGUGUUUUUGCUCCUCCAGACCAGUCCACCAAAAUCACAUUGCAGUCUUCUCGUCGUAAAAGGGCGUCUUUCAUUUCAAUGACCCAGUCCUUGGUUGAUUUUCCUAGAUUUUAUAAAAAAUGUUGAAAAAUUUGGUAGUUGAAAUCUCAUCUGUACAUAUACUUAAUUUUUCAUCGUAAAACGCAUCAAGGGCCUGUAAACACCCUGUUUCGGACAUAAGAGAUUUUAAAAAGAGCGUAAGCCAAUCAUGGCCCCCUUCCUCGGUGCUUGAGCCGCAAACAGGCACUCACCUCUCCAGCCGUGAAUCACGAAGAUUGUUCGCCGCGCGAUGUCAAAUUUUGGGGCCUUCAAUUUAUCUGCAUCAUAAUCAUUUACUCUUCCACGCCCGUUCCUGGUGUACAUGUCAAAUGUUGUGCCAACAACACUUGGCUCUUGUGGCAGACUAGGUUUAAUCGGAAUCAGGCCCCACCGAACAUUGGGUUGUUUAUUGAAGCAGCCGUACUUUUCGUAGCAGAUUUUUGAAGGGCUAUUAAACAGGAAACCUUUAAAUCGGAAAAAUUUUAAAAGAAUUACCUGUAAGUUGUCAAUUCAUUCCUCUCAUUAUUUGCUCCAAUCUACGAGAGGAAAAAACGAUAAAGAAAGAGAACUCUUACGUCUGACUGGGGUUUCCGUCUGAUUCUUUGCAGCCCAGGAAAAAACUCUAAACUCGACCACUGUCAGUAAGCCAGCGAAGACACGCAAACUAAGUGCAUUCAUCCUCACUGGAUCUCCCACAAAAAGGAAUAAUCGUUAUUGGCUUCUACGUCUUCUUAGCCUUAAAACAGUUUUGCGCUGGAAGUUCUUUUAUUCACGUCUGAUUUGUAUGAGCUCAUUUAUUAGCCGCAGGUGUUGUCUGAACCAUUACCUGGUUUUCAUUAUGAUAACACAAUACUUUACCAGGGGCGGUCAACAACCUGCAACCCUUCUUUUCUUCUGUUCCAGAACACUGCGCUGCAUCUGGCCGCCAUUCAUGGUCACACACACGUUGUGUUAUGUUUGCUGUCGCAUUCUGAACAGCAAAUCCACAUGAACAAGAAGAAUCAUAAUGCAUUGGAUUCCACCAUAAAAUGCUGAGAGGAAGAAUGUUGCUCUUGCGAUAGCGAGUCACAACAGGUCAGGAAGAAAUUAAGAAAUUAAGAAUUUGCGCCUCGAGCUACUCUUACGCAUUUUUCGCGCUCUCCGCGUGUAUCCAUAACUCGAUAUACGCACAGCUAAAAGCAUGAGCGAAUUCUUUUAUAACAGAACGACAACAAGGAUCUGCGCGAAGAAACCUUUUAUUGUGCCGGGUAGAGUGCAAAAUUCUCACAACGCGCCAAAAAAAAGGAAACAAACGUCCCUAUUGGCUGGUCAAAAACACGCCACAUUUUAUACUUUGAGUUUGAGCAAGAACAUUUGAUCCAGUUAACCGAUAACUGUGAAUGAAAAGCUCAAACUUUACGGGGAAAAUGGAGAAAAUUAAAGCCAAGUGAACUCAAGUUUCAAUUAAAAAUGUUGUAAAAGUCAAAGACCCGAAGUUAUCAAGGGUUUUGAUUGUUCAAAAUAAUGUUUACGCUGCCAUGCACGGUGCAAUUGGAGGAGACAGACUGCAGGAAACUUGCCAAAAAGUGCUCACGUCAUCUUGUUUACGCACGGGCGUGCGUUAAUAAAGAUUUUGUUCAUAGCGGCUCAAUAGGACUUAUAUAGGGCAAGCACGCGCGCUAUGUUAUAAGGAUAUGUUUUUUUUUUUUUUUUAAUUAUUUAUUGGAAAGCGCUCUAAAAACAACGAAAAUAUUAAGCUAAAAGGAUUUUCAUCGUUCCUGUCCCUUGUCAUGUAAUUCAGUAGGAAACAAAGUAACUGCAACCAAAAAUAAUACUAUCUUUUUCAUAGAUGGCGUGAAGUGCUCACCUCUUCAGGUCAUAUCGCACAGAUGCAGGAGCUCGUGAUAAAAAAUGCCAGAGGUUCGCAACAGUAAGGAACUCAAAUUCGUGUGUCUUUAUUUCAUAUAACUACGUAGUAAUCUCAGUGCAUCUCUGCUGUAAAUAUGAUCCUUGGGUAACUGAAUUGUGUCGGUAAUAUUGACUCAUCAGCUUACUUGUUUAUCAACUGAAUCACGCCGCCUGAAUUGUCAUAAGAAUUUUUUUCUAUCCACAAUGACGGAAGUUUCAGUGCAAUCAUGGUCCUCGUACAAUACGUCGCGAAAUGCUGCCCUCUGUGUCACUACAUACCAGAUAACCGGCCACCGUGCGGGAAAGAAGCCCGCGAUCCUCCCGGAAAGGUACAACGGCUAGACGCGGAAGAACGGCAAAAUCAAUCCUCUGUCAAGUCAAUAAAAUGAAACUCGUUUACUCGUUCAUGAGUUUUAAGGCAAAAUAUUUCAGCAGUUUGCAUUAGAGAAAUAACUUGCCGAGUUUCACUCAACACGGACUUAUAGAAAAAAAAAACUUGUCUGUGCUGCAUAAGUUGUAUUUUCAAAAAUUUCAUUUCUAGCUCCAUGAGAAGCUUUUGAGGUUCAGCCGGCCGGAAGGAGAUGAUGAUGAAGAAAACACGCCCCCAGACCUCCCCCCUGCAUUUCAUCCAUUACUGAAGAGAAUGGAGGAGCAGAAGAAUAGGUACUAUAUUUAAGUCAGAGAUUUUCUCUUAAAAUGUAGAAAUGAAAAAAGUGUGGAUUGAGAGAUCUGGGGAACGGGGGAACCUACUUGAUUGCAUAGUUACAACAUUCCUCUUGCUAUUUUACAAAUUUUAACCACCAAGUUGGAAACAAAAUUAGUGAAUAGAAUGAUAGAAUAUUUGCAACCUCUCUAUUUUCCGGUGUCGUGGAAGUUUUCAGGGAUGGAAUGAACAGAAAGAAAGAUUUUUAUUGAUACAUCUAUGAAAUAAUGUUGUGAUGCGUAUGAUGCGCAAUGUAACACAAAACAUUUUGAUAAUGAGCAACCUCUUCUAAUAUUAAAACUAUACAAAAAAAAUAUCACAUGUCAUAAAUACAUCGAAUGUAAAUCAAGGUAUGAAAGCUUUCUUCCAAAAGUAAUGAAAAAAAGCCACAACAAGGGCGUGUUUGUGCUUGUGAUCCCUUCUUGUACAAAAAAAUAAAAUACAUAACGAGAAAAAAAUGAAGAAAUAUGGUGCACUCUUACAUUUCAAAAGAACACUAGUGUAGAACCCACCUGUCCUUUGCCUCUAAAAGACAUUGCUGAAAAUUAUAACACGAUUCUCUAACCCUGUGUUCGUCUCACACACUAAGAUAUGCGGAAUCUACGAGCUGUUGCAGGAACAAUCAAAGCUUCUCAAAUCAAUCAAUCAACAGAAAGAAACGGAGGGGUGGGGAAAAGGAAAAUUAGUUUUCUAAAGAUGAACUGUGGUAAACCACGGAAGAAAAACGGGUAAACGAAGUGUUUUUUUUUUCUCUGAAGUGUUAUUUUUCUCCUACAACUCGACCAGGUGUCAGUAGUCACAUUAAACGCUUCAUUAUUUCGUUCUAGGGUAUAACAGGGUAACAAAGCAUCUUCGUACGCCCUGAUUGGUUGACAACCUAUCAUUUGCAUCAUUGUUCCAUUAAAAUCGCAGAAACUGACUCCCUAUGGAGUGAAUUAAAUAGACCACAAGUCUCCCUGUUCACAAGCGUCUUUACGAUUCACGCUGAACGACGUGUGGAUUCGGCAGUUGGCUUUUAAAAGACAUUUAGAAUUUAUCUGGAAACAAACGUAAACAACAAUAAACGCAACAUUUUAUUUUUAAUCUCUGUAUCAUCACGGUCAGUAAUGGGAUCCUGAUCAAGUACUGACUGGAUUGAACAGUCAUCAUUAUAUCUUUUUUCUUUUCAUCUUUUAACAUGUAAUAGUACAUGCGUUUACUUACACAAACAGUUCUUGAAAGUCAUUAUCCAUAACAACGAAGCAGUUUUUUUCUAAACCAAAUUUUACUUGCCAGCUUUUAGAUGUUAGAGGGGUGUUGUAAAAAUGCCCAUUUUAAAGAAUUUUUUGUUGUCAUGGUGACGCGACACGGAGGAAGAAAGAAGUAACAUUCGUCUUUAAUUUUUUUUUUCAUGAUAAAGUUAAUUUGGUUUUGUGUCAAUAAAUGAGAGUUUUUUUAAAAGAACUAGUUUCAGGCUUUGAACCAAUCUCGACUGGUUCAUUCAUGUUUGCUCGCGCUUGAAUUAAUUUACGUUUUAAAAGAUCUUUCAGGUCUCAUCGGCUGAUCGAUAUUAUUUCUUUACUUUCACAACCUUACUCUCACGCCAUUUUACUUUAUAUGAUAUAGAACUGUUCCAGGUCUUUUCACUUAAUUUCCAAAAGCUCCAUCGGUGCACAGAAGCUCGCAUAUUUUCCCAAUGACUUGAAACGCAACACGGUCGAAGUAUUUAGCGCAAUGACGAAAACACUCCCGGGGAUCCUGGACGUUCACAAACUGAAUUGCAUGAUUUUCAAAGGUAAAGUUGUCCAUUAAAAUGCUGUUGAUGUAGAUCAGCGGUAUUUCCAUUUGAUUGCUCGCCAUAUCAUUUGGAGCCAUCAGCAGUAAAGCUGUCGCACAGCCGAGCCAUGACAAGGCGAAAAAUGAAUUCAUUUUACUCUGAAAGAGGUAUCUUUUUUUCGAUGUAGAAUCAAGAAGGGUCUCUCUAAACCCACAAUUGACUUCUUUUAUCCCCCGCUUUAAAUGACUCAGAUGAUUUAUAAAAAGCAAGAAUAAGGCUCACAUUAAGGACGUGAAAAGACGAAAAAACAUAUUUCUCUAUAUUCUUUCAUUUGUUAUUGACAGAAGAAAGUCUCGAUAUUCUUAUCUUACACAAUGUAAAAAUAAAACAACGCAAGAAUAAACCAAGGAAACUUACUUCCUGUCCAUGCCAGACGUGAAGUAGCAGAUGUUUUACUCAGGGACUCCGGAUCCCAUAUUAUUUCCCUCCACAGAGGCGUCUGAGAUCAAUCCUGAAGAUAAGAAAAACAAAACGAAAAAGCAAAAAUGAUGUAUUGCAGGAGUAUGUUUGUCCUCUAUUUAAUUCACAGCUCAUAUUUUGAUAGCUUUGCCUCUCUCACAGUACUGUGCUAGAGUAUUAUAAACAGAAAUCGUCAAGUUUCCCAUUUUGAUCUCUUCCGAUCGGUUUACUGAUAUAUUUCAGAGUUUUCCUGCGAUAUCUUGCUAUAUAAUGCCCUCAACAAAAACAUUCCACUGCGAUUUGUGGUAGACCAAGAAAUAUGUCAUCGUGAUAGGUCGUCCUUAGUAAAUAUCGCGUCAGUAGUUUAUCAUCUAAUCAAGGAUUCAUCACUGAUCCCCGUCAUUAUUGAAUCGUUUAAUGAUAAAUCUGCACAUGUCUAAAAGAACAAAGAGACACACAUACCAUGAAAUGGAGCUUGGGCGGAUGUCACUAGAUAAAAUUUCCCCGUUGGUUUUGUUUUGUCGGCGCCAUAUCCCAUAGACGGGCAUUCACCAACGCAGGCCGUGAUCUUUCCGUUCUCACAGUUUUUGUAAUCCUUGCAAGGACGUGCUUUCCAGCUGCGGGGGUUGUUCACUGACGCAAUGUAGUAUCUCCAAGCCCUCUGAUGGUCACACUUCACUGUCUGAAUGAACUCUAAAGAAUAUAAAGUCAUUUUCAAAUGAGCUCUGAAAAACUUUAAUGGUUUCACCUGCCAUGUUCUGAGGUUGUCUCAUACUAUACGUUUUUCGCCUCAAUCUUUCUAACCCUGAUGAAAUAUACCCAAGUUUCCAAGUUCGAACAACGUAUUCCAAAGCAUUUGUAUUCCACGUACAUGUUAAGGUUAAGGUUAAGUGUUUUGAUUUUAAUUACCCUUGUAGUUUAACCUACCCAGCUUAACCAAAUGUCGUAGACAACCACGCUGAUCAAUGCCUCCGUUCGGAAAAAAGUCCGCGUGACCGGCCUCAUCGCGCAUACCGAAACCGACCAAACCGCUGCUCUUGUGCAUGUCGGUGUGUAUGACGUCAACGUAUUCAGCAUCACUUGGGUCCAACCGGAAGCGAGGGUCAGCAUUGCCGUCAAAAUAAGGACCAGCUGGGUCCAGUCCUUGAGAGGAAAGAAUGGUUAAAUCUGCACAGCCGGAUCUCAUUCUAGUUUCUUUUUAAGGCGAUUGCUAGGCAUUAGGGUGGCAGUAACUCGCUCAUCAAAGAUAAAGAAAAAUCUUUCAUGAUGCGGAAAGCCUUGCACGGGAUAGCACUAAAAUAUUUAGGAUCGAAAUUUGUUCGUUUCCUAACCUGAUUGCUUAUCGUUUAGGGAAACAGAGAACAAACUAGCUCUUUCUCGACCGUGCACUGCAUUUCACAAGCUUCUUUGUUCCCUCCAUUGUACCCCUCUAUACUCCUGGGUGGAGAAAGACUCUUAGAGAAAAUAGUCUUUUCCAAAAACACAUUAGAAUGGCUCAGCCAGGUUCUGAAAUUGUGUUUCAUUACCUGUAAUGCGACCAAGUGUCAUUCGGGCUUUCUCCUUUAAAUAACUCCCGGCAUACCCUGCGGUCUGUCCACCAAGGCUAAAUCCCACAAUAUAGAACAUUUUAGCUGAGUGAGGUGAUCCUGAAGCACUCUUAAUCAAGAACCUUAUCAGCUCCGCUGUCUGAGCCCCAACGAGCCGGGUAUUGCCCACAGAUUGUCCAUAAAGUGUUUUCGCUCCUCCAGACCAGUCCACCAAAAUCACAUUGCAGUCUUCUCGCUGUAAAAGGGCAUGUUUCAAUUCAAUGGUCCAGCCCUUGGUUGCUUUUUCUAGAUUUUAUAAAAAUGUUGAAAAAUUUGGUAGUUAAAAUCUCAUCUGUACAUAUGCUUUAGUUUCUCCGUAAAAACACCCUAUUUCGGACAAAAAAGAUUUUAAAAAGAGCGUAGGCUUAUCAUGAUCUCCCUUCCUCGGUGCUCGAGCCACAAACAGGCACUCACCUCUCCAGCCGUGAAUCACAAAGAUUGUUCGCCGCGCGAUAUCAAACUUUGGGUCCUUCAAUUUAUCUGCAUCAUAAUCAUUUACUCUUCCAUGCCCGUUCCUAGUGUACAUGUCAAAUGUUGUGCCAACAACAUUUGGAUUUUGCGGCAGACUUGGUUGAAUCCAAAUCAAGCCCCACUGAACUUUAGGUUGUUUAUUAAAGCAGCCGUACUUUUCAUAGCAGACCUUCGAAGGGCCAUUAAAAAGGAAACCUGUAGAUAGGAAAAAUGUAAAAAGAAUUACCUGUAAUUUUUCAAUUCAAUUCUCUCAUUAUUUGCUCCAAUCUACGAAAGGAAAAAACGAUAAAGAAAGAGAAUUCUUACGUCUGACUGGGGUUUCUGUCUGAUUCUUUGCGGCCCAGGAAAAAACUCUAAACUCGACCACUGUUAGCAAGCCAGUGAAGACACGCAAACUAAGUGCAUUCAUCCUUACAGGAUCUACCACAAAAAGGAUUAAUCGUUCUUGGAUAUUUUACUUCUACGUCUUCUCAGCCUUACAACAGUUUGCGCUGGAAGCUUUUUUAUUCACGUCUGAUUUGUAUGAGCUCAUUUAUUAGCCGCAGGUGUUGUCUGAACCAUUACGUGGUUUCCAUUAUAAUAAUAAAAUAUUUUACCAGGGGCGGUCAACAACCUGUAACACUUCUUCUCCUCUGUUCCAGAACACUGCGCUGCAUCUGACCGUCAUUCAUGGUCACACAGACAUUGUGUCAUGUUUGCUGUCGCAUUCUGAACAGCAAAUCCUCAUGAACAAGAAGAAUCAUAAUGUAUUGGAUUCCACCAUAAAUGCUGAGAGGAAGAAUGUUGCACGUGCGAUAGCGAGUCAC